ACCUUUUUCUUUUCUUUUCUGGGGUAGCUAUUCUGCUUGUCCAGGGUUCAAGUAGACGCAUAGACUUUCCCUCGUCCGAUUCCGCAGGAUUUCAAGGAUGCCCAUACAUCGACGCUAAGUAAAUUACUGCGAGCGCGCCUUCACCUCCAGAUUCAGCCUCUGCUCUACCAUGAGUGUAGAAAUUUCACCUCGAUCCGUACGCUUCUCCAACGGGGCGGAGGACGACACACUUGAUACUCUCAAGUCUCCAAGAGUCAUGGCGCGUCCUCACGUCCAGACCAGCGACUCGUCGGGUUCUGGAGACUCCCAUGAUUCUGAGCAUCUGCCACCAGACAGCAGGAGUGUACCGCAUCUGCAGACCUCACUGUCUCCCCCCGACACCAGAUCUCAGAUGAACAGCCUCAACUCGAGUCGCAAUGGUAGUGUGUACACACCUGUUACUUCGCCAUUCGCCCCUCCAGCGGCCAGACCUCCAAGACCUGCUCCAGCAAGAACGCCUUCCAGCACCUAUGGUCAGACCCUAACCCAGCAACGAAGACCCGGUCCCCCGUACGGUAUCAUGACCAGUACCUCUGACAGAAAGCAGUCACGCUUUAAGAUUGCCCCGUACCAAGUUCAAGAGAAAGCAUAUGUGCAACGGCUGCGACAAGAUCCUGAGGAAUAUUUCGAGCCUUACACUCCCAGUCUGGGGUACACAUCAGAUAGUGGGGAGGACGAAUCGCCUUCGGAGCUCCAUUUUGAUAAUGACGCUUACGACCAAGAGACUCUGCUGUUUUACAACAAUGAAGAUCUUCAGCCGACCGCAGAGGAUCUUCAAGACCCCGCCAACCGGGAACGAGUAGAAUGGCAUGGAAUGCUGGCUUCGGUCUUGACCGGUGAUGUUGUGAGACAGGAGAAGAAGCGUUUGAUAGGGACGUCAGACAAGCAGGGAGAGAAUCUUUAUACAGAGAUAUGGCUUGGCUUACGAGCGAGAAUCACUGGGCGAGGAGUGGCUGCCCAGAAGAGGAUGAUAGAAGACACUCGAUCAACACUUGAUAAUAUGUUGGACGAGAUCAUCAGAUUCCAGGUUCAGGGCGUCAGCGAAGCUGGAAAAUCCCCUGUCGACCAGGUACGAGAUGUGGUUGCCAAGAUUGAGAAAUGUGAAUUACUAUAUCCGUCUCGAUUGGCUCUGGAGAAGGCGAAUAAGUUGGCAGCUUCUCCUCAGUAUCAAGCCACUUGCGACGCCGUCAUAUCUUGGCACAAUACAACGGAAUUGAUUAACACCGAACUCGCUAUUUUACAGAGCUGGGUUGGAAAUAAUGAAUUGGACUUCAAUAGAGCGAAAGAAAGAUCACCAUCUGGAAAUGGAUUGUCAGACGAGUCUUCGUUCAUAGAUAGACUGCUGAAAGAGGAUGGCCUACGCUCAUUACAAGGAGACAAAAGCAUUCUUUUAGGAGUCGCCGAAGUUAUCUUGAAAGCUAAGAAGACUCUCAUCGAGAACUCCGAAGGGUUUGCAAAGCGCCACCUACCGCCAUACAUCGAAGAACUAUUGACCCUCAUCAAUUUUCCAUCACGACUUAUUGAAGAGAUCAUCAAAGUCAGACUUCAAUUUGCUAGGAAAAUGAAGGAUUCAGCCCAGCAGAAUGCUAUGAUGCAGGAGCAAAUGAUUUCGCAGUUUCAAAUCUUGUUGAAACUGGCAAUUCGCAUCAAGCAAGAGUAUCUAACAAUCUCUCAACCCGAACCUGGUUGGGAUCUACCACCUUGUAUUGACGAGGGUUUUGAUCAGGUCGUCCUCGAUGCUUUGAAAUUCUAUUUCAAGAUGCUGAACUGGAAAUUGGGCGGCAACAAGAACACGUUCAAAGAAGCCGAAGUCCUCGAACAAGAAUGGGAUUUCUCCAACGAGAUUGGUCGUCAUCUACAAGGGGGUGAUGUCGAGGUUGCAGAACAAUUCAGCUCUCUUACUCACAAGGCCUUUUAUCGUCUGAGUUCAACCUUUGAGAAAGAUCUACUAAGGAAACCCCAAGAAACUGCAACAGAGAUGACCAAACGCUACAAGCAAAGUCUGGACUCUGUUCGUGUACGCCAGCGCAUGUUGCAACGUUUCUCGAGGGUGCUGAGCGACCGCUUCGAGAAUGCUACGGACUUCAGUAUCGCCGUGCGGAGCGACGAUCUGCAGCACCUUUACUCGAGAUUGAUCGAAACAGGCCAUUUCCUGGUAUACACCGCCAGCAUUGAACAUGAUGGCAUAUUCUUAAUUGCAUCCCCCUCUCUGUACAACCGACCGCAAGAAAUCCAAUCCAUCUUGGGAACUUGUUAUCACUCGGAAGAUGUGCCGGAAGAUCCGACCAACCCAUACAUCUUGGUUCUUCGGCCAGAGAGUCAGAUCCCAUGGGAUGGAAGACAAGUUGAUGCAAACAUCCGGGAGCCCACUACUGAUGUCAAAGUCGGGCAGCUUCGACUUAUUGCUGAUGGCUCUCAAGUGCGGUUACAAAAUGCUCGAGCGGCAUUCUUGGACUCUAUCGACAUGCAUUUGGAUAUGCUUGUGGAGCAACGGUCGAAUCUCAAGAAGGUCAACCUGAAACUAACCGAGAUCAAGAAAGUUGUGUACAGGCUUUCAAAUACCAUUAUGGACAGCGUUGAGACUGUUCGACAACAGACCAACGGAAUGGAUUGCCAAGAACUGAUUCAGACAUGUUUUGUCUUCGCCACCGAAUUUGGUCAGAGAUCUUUACUUUACAUGGACCGAAACCGAAAGCAAAUGAACAACCUUAAGCUUACCAAGCUUGCUUUGGACUGGGUCAGCUUUAUCUGCGACGACUGCAUUGCGACAGACCGGAAGACUUUCAAGUGGGCAGUACAGGCUUUGGAGUUCGCAAUGCUCAUGACACAAGGUCAGCAUAUCUUGGCUCUUGGAGAGGAUGAGUAUGCUAGACUUCGAGCCAAGGUUGCUGGUUGCAUGUCCCUCUUGAUUUCGCAUUUUGAUAUCAUGGGCGCUAGAUCUACCCUGGCUGCUCAAGCGGAGAAGCAGCGAGCCGAAGCAAUAGCCGGCCAAUACAGAAAGAUGGACAUGAGUCGCCAGAUGGAUGAUGAGCAGUCUGCCAAGUACGUCCUCGAAGAGAAGCUUGCUCAAUUGUCAUUCCUUGACGACACUCGGAAACAAAAGGAAGCGGAAAGGCAGGCUCUCGGUCGUGUUCUAGAAGAAACAAACGAAGCGGACCGAUCAUUGACUUAUUUAUCCUCGUCAGCAUCCAAUGUCAACAUGCGAUGGCAGCAAGGCAAUUUUAUCGGCGGUGGUACCUUUGGUUCGGUCUAUGUCGCUAUCAAUCUGGAUUCUGGUCAUCUGAUGGCUGUCAAGGAGAUUCGCCUCCAAGAUCCAUCUUUGAUUCCAACUAUCGCUGGUCAAAUCAGGGACGAGAUGAGCGUGUUGGAGGUGCUUGAUCAUCCCAAUGUUGUCUCAUACCAUGGCAUUGAGGUCCAUCGAGAUAAGGUGUAUAUCUUCAUGGAAUACUGUUCCGGUGGAUCACUGGCUGUUCUUUUGGAGCACGGCCGCAUUGAGGAUGAGCAAGUCAUUAUGGUUUAUGCGCUUCAGCUACUGGAAGGUCUUGCUUACCUCCACGAAAGUGGCAUCGUUCAUCGCGACAUCAAACCAGAAAAUAUCCUCCUCAACCACAACGGUGUGAUCAAAUAUGUGGAUUUUGGUGCAGCCAAAGUAAUUGCUCGGCAAGGCAAGACAUUGGUUGCAGCUGAUCCAGCCGGGAAAGCCAAUAAGUCCAUGACUGGCACGCCAAUGUACAUGUCACCAGAAGUCAUCAAAGGCGAAAACCCAGGUCGUGCAGGAUCAGUCGAUGUCUGGUCAUUAGGAUGUGUCAUCCUCGAAAUGGCAACGGGUCGACGACCAUGGGCAUCCCUUGACAACGAAUGGGCCAUCAUGUACAACAUCGCGCAAGGCAACCCUCCACAACUGCCUUCCUACGACCAGCUCAGCCCAGAGGGCAUCGAUUUCCUGAAGCGAUGCUUCGUCAAAGAUCCCAAGAAGCGUGCUUCAGCUGCCGAGUUGCUUCAACACGAAUGGAUCGUUGCAAUCAAGUCACAAGUUGCCAUCGAGCCAAGUACUCCCAGCGACAGCGGAUCCUCGGUCCACUCGAAUUCCGGACGAGGUAGUCUCAGCUCCUCAAUGACAUCUUACUAAUUUCUCUUCUAUUGAUACCACUUUACACCCAUAAACUACGCUGCCGAAGAACAUUCCGGAGGCACGGCGUAAAGAUUUGUUUUGGUUUGCGCGGUUUUACGCAGUACAUGAAGCGUUGGGAA